AUGAGAUUGGAACUUUCAUACUUUGUUGCUUUGCAAUAUUUUUCCUUUGCAGUCGCCUCUAAUCUAGUCAAGACUUCACAAGUCAGUUACGUCAGUGUGACAGCCAACGGAGUGGAAAGCUUUCUUGGAAUUCCAUUUGCAGAAAGCGUCAGCGGCGAAAAAAGAUUUACCAGGCCAACGCCAAAGAAGUGGUCUCAAGGGCACACUUUCAACGCCACACAACCAGGGCCAGCAUGUCCCCAGGCAAAAGUGCCGGUGCAAGACUUCAUUUUCCAAAACGUGACAAAUGCAAAAGAAGAUUGUUUAAACCUACGCGUGGAUAGACCAGCGAACGUUAGCGCUGGUGCAAAGCUACCUGUCAUGGUAUACAUUUAUGGAGGCGGAGAUUCGAUCGGUCAGGCCUACGAUCAGCUUUACAGCCCCCAAGGCAUCGUGCUCGGGUCUGCAGGAAUCAACAAACCUGUGAUAUAUGUCGCCAUGAAUUAUCGACUCAACAUCUUCGGCUUCGCAGCCUCUGCGGCCCUCAGCGCAGAAGGCAACACUAAUCUGGGCUUACGUGACCAACGAUUGGCUCUCGAAUGGGUCCAGCAGAAUAUCGCCUAUUUUGGAGGAGAUCCUGAGAAUGUGACAAUCUUUGGUGAAUCAGACGGCGCAACUGGCGUUGGCCUACAGUGCACUGCGUUUGGUGGAAAAGGAGGUCCAGUUCCUUUCCAUAGGAUGAUCUUGGAAUCCGGCGCUCCAGCUGCAGACCCUCUUGCUGCCUCCGAUUUUGUUGCGAACAACACGGCAGAGGUUGCGAAAGAUGUAGGAUGCCUCUCUUCGGACAGUGCACAGACCCUGGCAUGUUUACGUCGGGUUCCUUAUGACAAACUGCUGAACGCAACGUUGACACAUGACUCCAGCCUCACUGCAUUCGGCUUUGAUGUUUUCAUAGGUAAUGCCGGUGAUGAUUUCAUUCCUGCGGCACCUUCGGAACUUGUUCGUUCUGGUCGAUUUUGCCGAAAUGUACCGCUCAUCAUAGGAUGGAACCUGAACGACGCCUCUUUAUUCACAGACUCAAGUCUGACCGACUCAACUGUUGCAUCAUAUUUCCGCGAAAGCUUUCCCGGCCUCACGAACGAUACACUGGCGAAGAUGCUAUCCCUCUAUCCAGCGUCCGAAUUCACAACUAUGCCCGGAAGCAACGCCAGUGCAGGUUAUUAUCGUGCCUCCCGCAUUGAACGUGAUAUCGAGUUCGUCUGCCCUGCAUUACAAUUUGCUCUGGCAGCCUCACAUUAUUCCAAUGCAAAGGCUUUCGUUUACCAAUUGGAACAAACGCCGCUCGAAAACUUCUUCGCAGAGUCUAAUAAUUCAAAUUACGGAGUCUCUCAUUUCAGCGACAUCUUUUACGUCUUCAACGAAGUACAAGGAUUCUCUGCAGUUGGCCCCACACAAAGCGACAUCGAUCUUGGAACGCGCGUGAGCGGGAGCUGGGAACUCUUCGCCAACAAUGGCGUCCCAGGAAAUAGCCAGCUUAGCAAGCAGAAUGCUAGUUUGGCUGAUUGGCCAGCUGCUUUCACUCCGACAGAUGUGGGCACCUGUGAGCUGGGCGAUGUUUCGCAGCUGGAAGUAUUCGCUAUUGGAGGUAGCCAUGAGGGCCCUGUCAUGGUGAAAGAUAGCACGACCCACCAGGGCUUAGACAAACUAUUGGAGCGUUGUGCCUUUUUGACCACACCGGAAUUCUUUGCGCAGAUAGCGACUUAG